AUGAACGAGGAGAUGACCAAGAGCGAGGAGCAGCGUGUCAGUUUGCAGAAAGCCCUGCAGCAGUGCGAGUUGGUGCAGAACAUGAUCGACAUCAGCAUCUCCAGUUUGGAGGGUUUACGGACCAAAUGUGCCACAUCCAACGACUUGACACAAAAAGAGAUGCGCACGCUGGAGGGGAAGUUGGUGAAGUACUUCAGUCGACAGUUGUCCUGUAAGUGUAAAGUGGCCUUAGAGGAGCGCAGUGCGGAGCUGGAGGACUUCCCCCGACUCGGACACUGGUUCCGCAUCGUCAACCUGAGGAAGGAGGUGAUCGAGGAGAUGAGGCCAGGCGAGGUCACUCUGGAGGCCCUGCUGGACAUGAGCGAGGACCAGGUGUGUGAGCGACUGCAGAAGUUUGGGGCAAAUGAAGAAGAGUGUGCUCGACUCAACGCGUCACUGUCCUGCCUCCGAAAGGCUCAGCAGCUCGAACAACUUGAGGAGGAUAAAUUGCACAAUAACGGAGGACACCAGCCCAAACAGGAUUGGUCCAUCCAGUGGCCGACCUCCGACACGGGCAAAGAGAACACGCCGGUGUGCCAGCCCGAGGCCAGUCAGUGGAUCCGCUUCCAGCUUUCCCAAAGUCCCAAAGUCCAGUCCAAGUACGGCCAGACGCACACGUGCCACAGCCCCCAGGCCGCGCCCCCUCCGCUGUACGCCGACCGCCUCACCGUGGACAGCCCCACGCUGGGCCUGCCCUCUCUGGACUCGGGACACCGCUCCCUGCCCCCCUCCCCUCGCCAGAGACACUUUGGCCACACCCCUCCAAGGACUCCGCUGGUGGUCAACACCAUGACCCCCCCCGGCACCCCCCCGCUACGGAGACGCAACAAACUGAAAGCUCCGGGAACGCCUCCUCCGCCCAGCCGCAAACUCAUCCACCUGUUGCCCGGAUUCACCGCCCUGCACCGCAGCAAGUCCCACGAGUUUCAGCUCGGCAACCGCCUGGAGGACACGCACACGCCAAAAGCCAAGAAGAAGACCAAGCCCUUGAACCUUAAGAUCCACAGCAGCGUGGGCAGCUGUGAGAACCUGCCGACGCAGCGCUCCCCCAUCCACAGCGAGCGCUCUCUGCGAUCCUUCUUCUUCCCCUCCUUCAUCCCCUCCACCCCUCCUGUGCACGCCGAAACCCCCUCUGCAAAUACGCUCUCAGUGCCUCGCUGGUCCCCACAAAUUCCUCGAAGAGAUCUGGGAAACUCCAUCAAACACAGGUUUUCUACAAAGUACUGGAUGUCGCAGACCUGCAUCGUGUGUGGGAAGGGAAUGCUGUUUGGACUGAAAUGUAAAAACUGCAAGCUGAAGUGCCACAACAAAUGCACCAAAGAAGCUCCGCCUUGUCAUUUACUCAUCAUCCAGCGAGGAGGACGAGACUCUCUCAAAGAUCACCAAGGAAUAACUCAAGUAGCUCGCUUGGUACGAACCGAAUCUGUACCAUGUGACAUCAACAACCCUCUCAGGUACACGGACCUGCACAUCAGCCAGACCCUCCCCAAAACCAACAAAAUCAACAAGGACCACAUCGCCGUCCCGUACCAGCCCGACUCCAGCAGUAACCCUUCAUCCACCACCUCGUCCACGCCUUCGUCGCCGGCCCCGCCCCUUCCCAGCAGUGCCACGCCCCCCUCGCCCCUGCACCCCUCGCCGCAGUCCGCACGCCAGCAGAAGCAGUUCAACCUGACGGCCUCCAGUUAUUUUAAAUACAAGCAGCAGUUCAUUUUUCCAGACGUGACGCCUCCAGAAGCCCCGCCCAGCAGAGCCCCACAGGUCAUCCUCCACCCCGUCCUGUCCGAACCAGGGCACGAGGGAAACCCUUUACUUCAGAUCGAGGUGGAGCCCACGUCAGAUAACGAGGAGGGGAACGACGAAGACUCAGGGGACGAGUUUGAGGAGAUGAACUUGUCUCUUCUGUCGGCGCGUAACUUUCCGCGUAAAGCGAGUCAGACCAGCAUCUUCCUGCAGGAGUGGGACAUCCCGUUUGAGCAGCUCGAAAUCGGAGAAAUGAUCGGAAAGGGGCGGUUCGGCAAAGUUUUCCACGGACGCUGGCACGGGGAGGUCGCCAUCAGACUCAUCGAUAUCGAGCGCGACAACGAAGACCAGCUGAAGGCGUUCAAGCGCGAGGUGAUGGCGUAUCGCAACACCCGGCACGAGAACGUGGUGCUGUUUAUGGGAGCCUGCAUGAGCCCGCCCCACUUGGCCAUCAUCACGAGUUUGUGCAAAGGCCGGACGCUGUACUCGGUGGUGCGGGACGCUAAGGUGAUGCUGGACGUGAACAAAACCCGACAGAUCGCACAGGAGAUGGUGAAGGGAAUGGGCUACCUCCACGCCAAAGGGAUCCUCCACAAAGACAUGAAAUCCAAGAAUGUGUUUUAUGACAACGGUAAAGUCGUCAUUACAGAUUUCGGACUCUUCACCAUAUCAGGAGUCCUGCAGGCGGGCAGUCGGAGGGAGGACAAACUGCGCAUCCCAAACGGCUGGCUCUGUCACCUGGCUCCUGAAAUCAUCCAGCAGCUUUCUCCCGACACCGAGGAGGACAAGCUCCCGUUCUCCAAACAGUCCGACGUCUUUGCUUUUGGCACGAUCUGGUACGAGCUACACGCGAGAGAGUGGCCUUACAAAAGUCAGCCCGCCGAGGUCAUCAUCUGGCAGAUCGGCACCGGAGUGAAGCCGAACCUCGCCCAGACGGGGAUGGGGAAGGAGAUUCUGGACAUCUUGCUGCUGUGCUGGGCGUUCAAACCCGAGGAGAGGCCCAGCUUUUCCAAACUGGUGGAUUUACUGGAAAAGCUGCCAAAACGAAACCGCCGCCUUUCGCACCCGGGGCACUUCUGGAAGUCAGCUGAGUAUGUCAAAUGAGUUUAGGACACAAAACUGCAAAACAAUCAACAAGUACAU